GAUCGAAAGACAAAAAUACCCCCGUCUAAUAUUACAAAUUACAAAUCAUGUCCUUAUUCCUAAAAGCAUCUGUUCUCGGUAUCUCGCUCUCCAUUCUCCAUCCACCGUCGAGCCUUGCCGCCGCUUGAGCUUCAAUUUGGCUCCGAUCUAUUCAACAUUCAGAAAUUAGCGCAAAGGAACGAGCCUUAAGUUAGAGAGAGGAUAAAGAGAAAUAUAGAGAUUCUGCUUCAGUUGAUCAGCUUCAGUGGUUAAAUCAAACAACAAAGAUGAUCGUGUGCGUUGCGGUUGUAGGGCAUCAGAACAAUCCGCUAUACAUUCAGAGCUUCACGGAGGCAGAUGAUGCUCUUAAGCUCCAUCACAUUGUCCAUUGCUCUCUCGACGUGGUGGAUGAACGAGUGAAUAAUCCGAAAAAAUCCGGGCCAACGCUGAAUGAGACAUUUCUUGGAUUGCUUUAUCCAACCGAGAAUUAUAAAGUGUAUGGCUAUUUGACUAACACAAAGGUGAAAUUCAUUUUGGUUACAACAGAUUUAGAUGUCAGAGAUGCAGAUGUGAGAAAUUUUUUCCGGAAGUUCCAUGCCGCAUAUGUAGAUGCAGUUUCAAACCCAUUUCACGUGCCGGGCAAAAAGAUCACUUCCAAAACUUUUGCAGAAAGGGUGAGCAACAUUGUCAAAUCAUUUGGCUUGAGCUCAACUAGUUGAAUGCUGCCAUUGUAAAUUUAACAUUUCAAAUUUAAAAUGAAACUGGUUGAUGUUUACUUUUCUUCCCAUUAGCUUAUUAUUCCCAUUGUCUUCUUCACAUUGUAAAUCAACUAAUAUUGUACCAUUUUAAAGACUUGGUUCUUAGUUUUACAAAAUACCAAACAAGUGAUUUACCCCUCCUUAUA